AUGAGUCUCCACUGGGAUCUGCUACGGCAGAGCGACAGCGCAGCCGUCAUCGUGCUCAUCAGCGCUCUACCUCCAUAUCAGCCACAGACGACGUGCAUCAGUAGCCCCGCAACUGGUCUGCUCCGGAACACGGGGCUUCUUCACACAGCGAUUUUCAUCACGCCUGCGAGCUCCGCGAUAGCAUUUUCAAGUCAACUUGGAGAACUGCUCAAGAUUGUCUGGAUGUUCAUCUCCAACGGAAAUCACCCAUCCUCCAAGCAGACUCCUACCUCCAUCAACGCAAACCAAAGCCGCCCCCCGACCUUCCAAAUCCAGAAGUUCCUGAACACGCCCGGCAGCAGCGAGCCCUUCGCACUCGCUGUGGGGCCACAGACCGAUCGCCAGAGUCGGAUCAGAGGAUACCUCGCCCAAUACAUGAAUGUCGAAGCAUGCAAGACAAUUGAAGGUUUCAAGGAGCCGAGAUUCCUCUUUGAGCACAUGUGGCGGAAACAUACACGAUUCUAUCGCUGCGGGUAUUGCAUUCAUAAGUGGAGCACCUCAUUGUCUCGCAAAGACGUCAAGCAGAAGAAGGAGCAGCACUGGAGAAGCUGCGAGGACAAGCUCCGAGGUGCACAACUCCCUGAAGAGCCUGACGAAGGCAGAAUCGAGCUUCUGAAUGGGAGACAGCAACGACAGUUCGAAAAGAUAAGGUCAAUGAAAGACGUCGGGACCAAGUUGGAGGCUCUAUACGGGGCUUGCGGGAAACCUCUGCCGGAAACAUACCAUGCGACAACGGCUUUCCCUGCAGUCCCGCCCGAGAUGACUUACGAGUUAGAAACUCGAAAUACAUCUUAUCAUAAUGAACAAUCGAUCGGCCACGGUGAAGGUUUCCUAGAGGGUUUCGGGCGCGUCGAUCCAGGCGCCCCCAGCCAGCAUCGACGACCUCCUACCAGCAGCAACGUGUCAAGGAACACUGCCGCAUUGAAGGCCAGAAACAAUGCUGCAGUAAGCGGCGCCGACAGACCCAGGGACGCAGACUCUGGUUAUGUAUCCAUGCCGAGCAACAGCGGGGAUACAACUGGUGAUUCGUCCGGAGUCCGGCCCCCUUUCGAUCCCAUGAUGGAAUGGUCUGCGUCUUAUACUAGGCCUGAUGGGGGGAGCGCCACUUAUUUUACCGUGUCAAGCUCAGGGUACGUCGCAAACGACAAUCACUUCGCCUCCGAUUACGAGCACGGCCGGCAUAGCUAUCUUCAAGGCGAUGGAGAUAGUGACAUGGCCUUUUACGACAGUGCCAGUUUGUCAAGGGACGCCUCCCUCUUGGGGCUGAUACCCCCCAAUUCCGGACCAGACAACGUCGGGGAAGACGGAAGAUCAUGGCCAUUGUAUCCUGAUUUGGAAUGA